UCGGGCCCGCCCCUCCUCCUCGGUGACGCGGCCGGGGGGCUGGCUCGGGGCGCGGCGGUCUCGGCGGCGGCGGCGGCGGAGCGAGUGCAGAGCGGCGCCACCAUGGGGGCCCAGCUGAGCACGUUGGGCCACGUGGUCCUCUCCCCAGUCUGGUUCCUGUAUAGCCUGUUCAUGAAGCUAUUCCAGCGCUCCACCCCAGCCAUCACCCUCGAGAACCCGGACAUCAAGUACCCGCUGCGGCUGAUUGACAAGGAGGUCAUCAGCCAUGAUACCCGCCGGUUCCGCUUUGCUCUGCCGUCACCCCAGCACAUCCUGGGCCUCCCCGUCGGCCAGCACAUCUACCUCUCGGCUCGAAUCGAUGGGAACCUAGUCAUUCGGCCCUACACGCCCGUCUCCAGCGAUGACGACAAGGGCUUCGUGGACCUGGUCAUCAAGGUUUACUUCAAAGACACCCACCCCAAGUUUCCCGCUGGAGGGAAGAUGUCCCAGUACCUGGAAAGCAUGAAGAUUGGAGACACCAUUGAGUUCCGAGGCCCAAAUGGGCUGCUGGUCUACCAGGGCAAAGGAACGUUUGCCAUCCGUCCGGACAAGAAAUCCAGCCCUGUCAUCACAACGGUGAAGUCUGUGGGCAUGAUUGCAGGAGGAACGGGAAUCACCCCAAUGCUGCAGGUGAUCCGUGCGAUCAUGAAGGACCCGGAUGAUCCGACCGUGUGCCAUCUGCUCUUUGCCAACCAGACUGAGAAGGACAUCCUGCUGCGGCCCGAGCUGGAGGAACUGAGGAACGAACAUUCUGCGCGCUUCAAGCUCUGGUACACAGUGGACAAAGCCCCUGAAGCCUGGGACUACAGCCAGGGCUUCGUGAACGAGGAGAUGAUCCGGGACCACCUUCCGCCCCCAGAGGAGGAGCCGCUGGUGCUGAUGUGCGGACCCCCGCCCAUGAUCCAGUACGCCUGCCUGCCCAACCUGGACCGCGUGGGCCACCCCAAGGAGCGCUGCUUCGCCUUCUGAUGGGCGGGCCCUGGCCAGUGGCUCCGCCCCACACUCACCGCGCCCUGUCGCCCUGUCCGUACCCACUCCUCCUGCUGUCGUUUGUUAACACCACUCUCCCCCACGUCUCCUGCUGCAGCCGGGUUCAGCCUGGCCUGCCCGUGCCUGGGAGGUCACCCCGCUGGGCUGGCCCCCGAGGGGCCCCUU